AUGGAGCUGGAGAAACCACUGACAGCCACCGAGCGUUUGGCCAAGCGUCUGGGGCGGAAGCUGGCGCCCGUGCCCGGGGCAAGGCCAAACACCUCGCGGCCCAAGCAGAGCCCCGAAAACUCCAUUUGGACCACCAUGGAGAAAAAGCAGCUGAUCUUGGAGUUGCAGAGCCUUCGCGAGGCCUACGCGCGGAAGAUUGCAGAGACGGAAUUGAAGUACGAGAAGAAACUGUCUGAAGUUGAGGACGAAGCACAGAAGUGGCUUCAGCAGAAGAAGGCAGAAGUGACUCAGAUCCGAGCGGGGAUGGUGGUGAUGCAAGCACUCUUCGAGCAACGGAAACGAAAAUUUAUCACACAGAUGGAGGAAGACAAAGCGCAGAACGAGCGACUCCGGGUCGAGAUGGAACGACGCAUGGCGGAGGCAGAAGAGGAGAUGCGAGUCACCCGUCUUGCCUGCGAUAAGAAAAUCACGGAGAUGGAGGCGUCGCACGCCAAAGAAUUGAAGGACUUGGAUUCCCUGCAACGAAAGACGGAAGAGCGCGCUUUUCACGCCGAGAAGCAAGUGAAAAUGGGGGAGGAUGAGAUCGCCAGGCUCCAUGAAACUGAGAAGAGUUGCCGCUUCGAAAUCGAAGAUUUGCGCGUAAGGUUGCAGGACGCGGAGCGGGCGGAAGAACUGCAUCGCGUGCGAGAGAAGGUGGAGUUCCUGGAGGAGGAACUUCGAAGGACGCGCGAACGCAUGCAGAAUCGCCGGCACAAUGAAGCCGAAGACUUGCGAAAGGAGUUGAUGGAAUAUGUGAAAUUCAUCGUGAAGAUUCUUCCGGAGGAGUGGCAGGAGAACAUUCGCCCGGAGCUCUGUCAGAAGCUGGGCGUGCCAACCAUGGCGUUGGAGCCUCCAGAGGCAACCGUGGUGGCCGAUGCCAUAGCGAAGCCGUCGAAGUUGACGCCGGCGCCCUUGGCUGCCUUGGCUCCGACGGAAUUUCCGGUCGCCCAUUCAACAGCCGUUUCGGGCGAGUCCGAAGGAACCACCAAAAAAGAGGCCGCUGGAGCUUCCGGAGCGCUGGAUGAUGAUGAUGAGGUGCUGAAUGACUCGGAGCCAGUGGAGAUGGGCGAUGAAGACAGUGGAGCGGAAGAAGUGAUCGAUGGAAGGACCUCGCAUAAAAUCAAAGGAGAGAAGAAGAAGAUUGAGGUGAGUGACUUCUUUGAUGAUUUGAUGGAAGGUUUUGCCGAGAUCUGGAGGUUGACGGUUGCCGGGGGUCAUUCCUUUGCAUCCUGUGCCGCCGAUGAUGAAGGGGGUGAAAGGUUGGAGGGGUCGUCCAUGGCCAUGCAAACGGAUGCCGGGUGCGUCUGCCACGAGGCGAAAGCCUUCCCCGCACGCCCAACGUCGUCGUCGUCGUUGCGCCCGUUGCGCCCGGCGGCGCAACCGGCGUCCCGCGCCUCCUCUGCGCCCGCGCGGCCGAGUCGGUCCCAACGGUCCCAAGGUGCUGGGCUGCCAGUGGCCAUGCAGCACGCGGUGCAAUAUGCCAACAGGGCCGCCACCGCAACCACGACGGGCACGGGCGCAGAGACCACCAGCUCGCGCGCCUCGCUUCUGAGCGCUGCGCGCAAGCACGCGCGGAGGGCGGCCUUCGAGGCUCUGGCGAAGUUGUCGUUGACAGAUCACGUGGCCGCGCUGAUGCAGCAACCUCUACCAAUGAAAGGCUACAAAGCUCAGGAGGGAGAUUACAAGAAGACCUCAAGUGCUGGGCCUUUGCCCAUGUGCCCGCUCCACAUGAUGAUGCCUCAGACAACCACGCAGACCUUGAGCAGUUAUGGACCUUUGGAAGAAGCUGCUUGCAGAGGUAUUCGCAGCGCGCAAUGGCACGGCUAUCAGAAAAACGGCAACUCCGCGUACAAUGAGCAGGUUGUCUACCAAUCCCACCUCAUGCGAAAGUGA